GAGACAAGCACUAAUUAUAAGUAAUAGAAAACAACAUAUUUUGAACAUGUUAGUCAGAACUUUUCUUUUUGCAUGUUUAAACCUAUGUCAUUUACCAGCAUAAUAGAUUAUUUAUGUACAAAGUAAUUAAUGGCUGUCUUGAGCAAGUCACAGCUAUCACAAUGUGUUACACAUUAUUUUCAUGCCCCAGGAAUAUCUUCAAACCUUGAGGAAUGACCCUGUGCGGUCCAGAAUUUGCAAACAGAGAGUGUUAUGCCGAACUCUUGCUGGGAACUUUGUUUAUGCACUGACAGUGACCAACCCAUCAAGACGACCAGCUGAUGCCGAGGCUAAACAAGGAGUGGUUUUAACUGCAAGGGUUCAUCCCGGCGAGACAAACUCAAGUUGGAUGAUGAAAGGCCUUUUAGAUUAUCUCACAAGCAAUGCUCCUGAUGCAAAGCUUCUGCGAGACACGUUCAUUUUCAAGAUUGUUCCCAUGUUAAACCCAGACGGAGUUAUUGUUGGUAACUAUCGCUGUUCACUGGCUGGCAGAGAUCUGAACAGGAACUACAAGACAGUGCUCAAGGAUUCAUUCCCUCCCAUCUGGCAUGUUAGGAAUAUGGUUCGAAAAUUAUUGGAGGAACGAGACAUAACGCUAUAUUGUGAUCUCCAUGGGCAUAGUCGCAAGCAGAAUGUUUUCAUUUAUGGCUGUGAAAAUCGAUUUGACCCUCUGAAACGAUUGAGGGAAAGAGUCUUUCCCGUGAUGAUUUCUAAAAACGCGCCAAGCAAGUUUUCAUUUAGAGGCUGCAAAUUCAAGGUGCAAAAGAGCAAGGAAGGCACAGGUCGAAUUGUAAUGUGGAACAUGGGAAUCUUGAACAGUUUCACGAUGGAGGCAACCUUCUGUGGCUCAUCGCUGGGUAAACGGGCCGGAUAUCAUUUUAACACAGCAGACUUUGAGUCCAUGGGAUAUCACUUAUGUGAUACGCUGCUUGAUUACUGCGAUCCUGAUGAUUCCAAGUAUGUUUCCAUCUUAAGCGAGCUGGAGUUGAAAAUGAAGGCAGAGAUCUUAGAAAAGAUGAAACGUAGAGGCAUCGCAGCGCCCAACCUGACCGAGUCUGACAUAGAUCUGGACCUCAAUUACACUUCUGACAUCGAAUCAAGCACUGGUGGCUCGGACAGCUCUGUGUCAGAUGGUCUGCCCAUGCAUCUUAUUUAUGCUCCUGAAGGACUCAAAAUGGUAAGACAGAUCAGGAAUGCUUACAUUUAAUGUUCGAUUAUUUGUAUUACUACCAAUGUUGGUAUCGUCUUCUUCCUUAAACCCCGCUUAAACCUAACCAUAAAAGAAAACAAGAGAUGUCACGAAGAUCGUAGUUAACUACAUGUAAAUAGGCAUGCCAGUGUUUUUAGUAAGUCACGCG